AGUUCAUGUGUACGAUUAUACAGAGAGCGCUUCGCACUUGGCUCGGCUAAAAGCGGCUCAUAACCUCUCUCCUUCUCUGAUUUAUUUAAUAUUUACCGCGAUAGCGUGUGAACGAAGGUACAAAGGCAUGGUGUUCUACACAAAAUAGUCUUCUAUAACUUGUUUAUAAGAAAAGUUUACAAGAAAGUAUAAAAACAUAUUUUGUAUGAAAAAUCAUGUCUUUCCGAGGACGCGGAGGAUUUAACAGAGGAACGGGUGGCUUUAGAGGUGGCAGAAAUUCUGGAGGAUUUAACAGAGGACGUGGUGGUGGUUUCGAUAGAGGCAAUAGAGGAUAUGACCAAGGGCCUCCAGAGACAGUAACAGCAUUGGGGCACUUUACAUGGAGUGUACAUGAUGAACUUGUCGUUAAAGCAGAUAUCGAACAAGUUCCCUUCUUUAAUGCACCAAUAUAUACAGAAAAUAAACAACAGAUUGGAAAAAUAGAUGAGAUAUUCGGUAAUAUUCGUGACUACUAUGUAUCUGUUAAAUUAUCAGACAAUGUAAAGGCUUCCAGCUUUCAAAAGGAUAUCCAGUUAUACAUUGAUCCAGCAAAAUUGCUACCUCUUCAAAGGUUUUUGCCAAGACUACCUGGGGAACAAAAGAGAGGUGGUAGUGCUGGCCGUGUUAUGAAAAGAGGUGGUGGAGGAAGGGGAAGAGGCAAUAAUAGAGGAUCCUUUGGAAGAGGAGGUUUUGGCACAAGAGGUACCAGAGGUGCUAGAGGCGCCAGAGGAUUUAGAGGUCGUGGGGGAAGAUUUUAAUAAAAUAUGAUUUUGACAU